AAAAUCAAAGAUAUCUUUAGCUGCUGUGGUAGAAUCUCUCAGCCCUCCCCACCGUCCAGAAUUUCCACCACCACCGCUCCUCUGAGCUCUGUUACAUGACACGCCUCAGCCCAUAUCCAUUGGUGUUUGGGAGUUGAAAUAAAAAGAAUGCCUCAACUGCUGGCAGCACUACUGCCCUCCAAACAAUGGCUCAAAUCCACAUUUUGGCUCCAGCAUUUCCUCUCUUUCGCCUCUCCUCCCAAGCCCGUCUUUCUUUUUCAAUCAACUUCUUCUGGGUUUCGAUUCAACUCAUAUGCUGCCAACAGGAGGCUCUCCACAAUCCCGGUUCGUUUGGACCAACCAGAAGAUGGAAGCAGUGAUUUGGACAAGUUGAGGGUGUUGAGACAGAAAAUUGAGGUUUCUGGGAUUACCUUGGAUGAUUCUUGUGUGCCAGGACGGUACCAUCACUUGAUUUGUCCUAAGUGUAAUGGUGGGCAGUUAAUGGAGAGGAGCUUAUCUCUUCAUAUAACCCAAGACAGGAAUUUUGCAAUGUGGAGAUGUUUUCGCAGCACAUGUGGAUGGGCAGGCCGGGUCUUGCUAGAGAGUAGUGCAGCAUACAGUGAAGUCACCAAUAAUUGGAUGACGGUGGACAGCCUAGGGUUAGAACCUUUGGGUGACAAGCUGAUUGCAUAUUUUGGUGAGCGGAUGAUAUCAGAGAAAACUCUGUAUAGAAAUGCUGUUAUGCAGUUAUCUGGUAACCAGAGUGGGCAACUGAUAAUCAUGAGUGUCAUUGCUUUUACCUAUAGACAAAAUGGACUUCUUGUCGGUUGUAAGUAUCGAAGCAUGGGCAAAAGGUUUUGGCAGGAGAAGGGUACAGAAAAGAUAUUAUAUGGACUUGAUGAUAUACAGGAAGCAAAUGAAAUCAUCAUUGUUGAAGGUGAGUUAGAUAAACUUUCGGUUGAGGAAGCUGGCUUCUGUAAUUGUGUAAGUGUUCCUGGUGGUGCACCACAAAAGGUUUCUGCUAAAGAAUUGCCAUCUUUAGACAAGGACACUGCAUAUCACUAUCUAUGGAACUGCAAAGAAUACUUGGACAAGGCAUCUCGCAUUAUCCUUGCUACUGAUGGUGAUAGUCCUGGCCAAGCAUUGGCUGAAGAGCUCGCUCGCCGCCUAGGAAAAGAAAGAUGUUGGAGAGUAAGUUGGCCAAAGAAAGAAGACUCAAGUUGUUUCAAAGACGCAAAUGAGGUUCUCAAGAAUUUGGGAGCAGACGCUCUGCGAGAAGUUAUUGAAAAUGCAGAGUUAUAUGAGGUAAAUAGCUCGAUACAAGAGAUAUGAGGCAUACACACUUUCUUGUAUUUUUGGAUGAAAAGCAGUUCUUGAUGGUGUUGGCAUAGGAAAAGGCUGUAAAACAGCUUACCGUACAGUAGAGUCAUGGUCAUCAUAUUGACCAUUGAUUCAAAAUGUAUAUUUUUUCCAGACUCCUAUUCAACUUCAACUUCAAAGAAUGCAGUAGUUCUUAUGUGCAUGAGAUUCCUUUUCUCUAGUUA